UGUAAGACAAGAAACGGAGCAAAACCCUCUCCGUGGAGCGUCAUGCUGUCCGUAAAGUAGGAAAGAGCCAGCGAACGCCGUCCUUCCUUCCCCUGGCUCCCUGCCACCUCAUGGGGGGAAAUGAGCGGAAGACCGAAGCCAAGAAGGGGGGCCAGGUUUUUUAGAGGUCAUUCUGAAGAAGCCAGCGUCAGCGGUGGACUCAGUGACGUGCUCCGGGGGCACAGACGCCCUGACUUCAGUGGGUUAACCCAGUCAUGGAAGAUUGUCAUAAGCACAGUGUCCAUGGUGACCCUUCUUCUUAUAGGGCUUGGGAAUCACAUGUGGCUGAAAGAAACGGAGUUUCCUCAGAAAUCCAGUCACUUUUAUGCUCUAAUUGCAGAAUGCGGUUCCAGACUUUAUAAUUACCAGGCCAGACUUCGUAUGCCAAAGGAGCACCUGGAGCUUUUAAGGAAGGAAAGCCAGACUCUGGAGAACAACUUCCGAAAAAUUCUAUUUUUGAUUGAACAAAUAGAUGUUCUGAAGGCUUUGCUUAGAGAUACGCGAGAUGGUCUGCACAACUACAGCGGGGACACGGACGGAGGCGAGGACCGGAACCCCAUGGGGGAAAUGUCAAACUUGGUGAAUUCCAUCCUUAAAAAGUUGAGAGAAGACCAAGUCCAGAUGGCUGACUAUGCCCUUAAGUCAGCAGGGGCCUCUGUCAUUGAAGCUGGGACCUCCGAAAGUUACAAAAAUAACAAAGCAAAACUUUACUGGCAUGGGAUCGGGUUCUUAACCUAUGAAAUGCCCCCAAAUGUUAUUCUUCAGCCGGAUGUCCAUCCUGGAAAGUGCUGGGCCUUCCCAGGUUCCCAGGGUCACGCCCUGAUCCAGCUCGCCAGGAAGAUCACACCCACUGCUGUUACCAUGGAGCACAUCUCCCAGAAGGUGUCUCCCUCAGGAAACAUCUCCAGCGCACCCAAGGAAUUUUCCGUCUAUGGCAUCUUGAAACACUGUGAGGGAGAAGAAAUUCUCCUGGGUCGGUUUGUGUAUAACAAAACAGGAACCACCAUUCAAACAUUCAAGCUCCAGCACGAAGUUUCCGAACCUUUAUUAUGUGUGAAACUUAAAAUCCUCAGCAACUGGGGUCACCCGAAGUACACGUGUUUGUAUAGGUUCAGGGUCCACGGCACCCCAGGAGAGUACCCCUAGAGGAAGCCAGGCAGACGGCCGUGACCACAGGUCCAGAAUAUGUGACUCGUCUUACUUCCUUAGAUUCAUCGCAUCCAUAGGCAUCAAA